UCUGUGGUAAAAUAUUUAAUAUAACGUAUUACAUUUUCCGAGUGACGUUGUUCAAAAUUUUUACAUAGUUUGGAGAAUAUUUGGCUGAAACCAAAUGUAAUAAAGUGGGUAUCUAUGGUUUUUUGAUGGAUUCGUCAAAAAUCACUUAUAAUUCAUAUCAUAACAUUCUCUCGGUAUUUUCAGUGCUUUGCGUUUAAUUUAAUAAAUAAUAGCAUUUAGUGCAACAAAGAUUAUUUUGACUAAUAAAAAACAUUAUUGACGAGCAAUGGACAAAAAUUCAGCGGUUGAUCGCAAGAAUGUAAAUUUUGACGACUGGUCGGCUUUUGAGUUGUACUUGGAACGCAAAGGAGUUGUAUCAGCUAUAACAAAUGCACUGUAUUGUUUGUUCAACGAAAAUCCUUCGCCAAAAAACGUUUAUCAGUACAUAUACUGUAUUCUCGGCGGCGAUUCAGAGAGCGAAAUGAAGCAUCAGUUGAAAAAAUUGAAGAGAAAAAUCGAAACUGCGUCUCGCGAAAUCGAAACGCUGAACGACGAAAUCGAACAUCUGUUACUCAUCCGGGACAACGGGCUGGAUUUCAGCUUGUACAGGGAUUUCGUGGACAGGAAACGAGCGGAAAAAUGAAAAACUGCCGUUUCGUGCAGCAGCACUCGCCGGGCGCCGAUUAUUAUUAUUGUUAUUACUGCUAUCAUUAUCACUAUGACAAUCCGA